AUGGACAGACCUACGCCGAAACGACGGUUGAGUAGUCCGGAUCGUGAGUCUGCAAAGGCCCUGCGUUCGAGUUUGAUUCUGCAGCCAAAAGGCGGAUCUCCGUUGCUGAUGCUGUCUCAAGAAAAGGCGGAUGGUUGUCGUGUGUACAACCCAGCCGAUGAUACGGUUUACGAGACGAAGAGUGACCUUUCAGGGUAUCGAUUCGUGGCAAGCUCCGGUAAGUGGUUUCUGGUGAUAGAUUCUCGAUUGAAACUCUAUAUUAUAGAUGUGUUUGGCGAGGAGGAGAGGAUCGAUCUUCCUGGACUAGAAAAAUUCAGGGGUUAUUUUGAGAUUGAGCGAGAAGGAGAAGAUAAAAUCAGACAUGUAUUGAUCGGUACUUCAUCUCGAACGGAUCCUUCUACUGCCGAAGAUGUGAGAGGUCGUUUGUGGGUCGAGGACAAGAAAGGAGGAGACUACGUUGUCUUGUGGCAUUUCGAAAUGAGCAAUUACAUAGCGUUUUGCAAGAAAGGGGAUGAUCAUUACCGCGAGAUUUCAACACGGGACGGUGUUCUCAGGNACACCUAUGAUUGA